AUGAUCGACUGGGCCCUAGAGACUUACACCAUGAUCGGAGAGGAGCAGCCCCAAGAGCUCAUAGACAGGCGAGAUCUGGUCUUGCAGCAGCUGGAGCUUUCGAGAGAGAAGGUUCUGCCGCUCUUGGAAAUUCUGGAGGAAGAGGAGCAGGUUGAGAAGGUGUCGAAGUGCAAGUCCAUCGAGGAGCUGUGCUCCACUUUCAGCCUCGACCCGUCCGUCAUUGACGGACUGGUGCACUAUGCCAAGCUGCAGUACGACUGCGGGAACUACACCUUGAGCGGCGAGCUCCUCAAGCACUACAGACGGAUGAUCUCCCAGGAUGCCGAGCGCCCUAUGAUGACCUCCAAACAGGUGAGCUGCAUUUGGGGAACGCUGGCAUCUUUCAUUUUGAACCGUGAGUUCGAGGAGGCCAGCGACGGAGCCGAACGUGCAGUAGACGUGAUCUUCAAAAUUAACGACUUCCUGGACAACACGAAGAUGUCCAAGAAGGAGGUGCUCCUGCAACGGACCUGGUUGCUUCACUGGUCUCUGUUCCCCAUCUUUACAGCUGAGAAGGUGGAGGUCAAACUGCUGGAUUUCUUCCUGAACGAGAAGAGUCUGUCCUGCAUUUCGCUCUCCUGCCCUCACCUCUUCCGCUACGUGGCCGCCUGCCUGAUCCUGCAGAAGCGCCUCAAGCACUUGAUGAAGGACACUGUCUGGAUCAUUCAGCACGAAAACGCUGUGUACAGCGAUCCGGUGACGCGUUUUCUGAUGGCCCUGUACGUGGACAUGGAUGCUCGGCAAGAUUUCGAUGAGGCGCAACACGAGCUGCAGAAAUGCGAGAAAGUGUGCAAGGUGGACUACUUCCUGAUGCGCCAUUGGCAAGAUUUCCAGGAGAAUGCCCGGCUGCUGAUCUUCGAGACUUACUGCAGGAUCCAUCAGUGCAUCAACAUUGGCAUGAUCGCUUCCAAGCUGAACAUGGAAGCCGAGGAGGCGGAGGUGUGGAUCGUGAAGUUGAUCCAGAAUGCCAAGCUCGAUGCCCGAAUCGAUUCAGAGAAGUGCCGCGUGGUGAUGUCCAAAGCACCUCCCAGCGUCUACCAGCAGGUCAUCGAGAAGACCAAGAACCUCUCCUUCAGAAGUACCAUGUGUCCUGGCAGAUGUCAAGAAUUCAAACGGCUGUCAGUCACGAGUGUAGCCGCUGUUUCUCGUUCUGGCAAGUCUGCGAGGCUGCUUUCCAACUUGGAGAAGAGAGAGAAGGCGUGUUGGUGUGCCCCUUGGUUUGAGAGCUGCACGAAGGGACCCUGCUACCUGCGAAGGACAUGCGCACGUCAUCCUGAGCGUGAGCCCGUCCCCUGGACGAACGCUGAAAGAGGCCGCGCGAGAACAGUGGCCAACUCGACUUGCAUGCAUUGA